UCACUGGAGUCAGUCCUCCUCCUCUCCUUCCUUCAACAUGCAUCCAACAAGACUUAGAACUCGUUUGUGACAAGUGUUUCCAAAGAGGCGAGUUUUUAUCCGUUAAGUCGAGCAGAUUGUUUGUGAGUAAAGACUGAAAACGGGGAGAAACUGCGCGUAUUUUUUUUUCCUCCGCCGGGAGCCAAUAACAGGCGGACUCAAGAGGGAUUUUUUUUUUUAAAUUUUAUUUUGAGGCGGAAUAAUUUGGUCCAAGCCCUCACUCACCGACAUGGAGUACACGUCUUCCCCGAAACCUCAGCUCUCAUCCCGGGCAAACGCUUUCUCCAUAGCCGCCCUGAUGUCCAGUGGGAAGCCCAGUAAGGACAAAGAGACGGAGGAGAACACCAUCAAGCCUCUCGAGCAAUUCGUUGAGAAGUCCUCCUGCAACCAGCAGUCUCUGCCGGACCUGUCAUCUCUGGACGGUCAUGGAGACUUCAGCGGGAGCGCGCCCGCGGUGUGCACGGAGCCGCUCAUCCCCACCAAUCCCGGCAUCCCUAGCGAGGAGAUGGCGAAGAUCUCGUGCAGCCUGGAGACCAAAGAGCUGUGGGACAAGUUUCACGAGCUCGGUACCGAGAUGAUCAUCACCAAAUCUGGAAGGAGGAUGUUUCCCACCAUCCGGGUCUCUUUCUCCGGGGUAGACCAGGACUCGAAGUACAUCGUGUUGAUGGACAUCGUCCCGGUGGACAACAAGCGGUACCGGUACGCCUACCACCGCUCCUCCUGGCUGGUGGCCGGCAAGGCCGACCCUCCUCUGCCCGCCAGGUUGUACGUUCACCCGGACUCUCCGUUCACCGGAGAGCAGCUGAUGAAGCAAAUGGUUUCCUUCGAGAAAGUCAAACUGACGAACAACGAACUGGACCAACACGGACAUAUCAUCCUCAACUCCAUGCACAAGUACCAGCCGCGGGUCCACAUCAUCAAGAAGAAAGACCACACCGCCUCGCUGCUCAACCUCAAGUCCGAGGAGUUCCGCACCUUCGUCUUCAUCGAGACCGUCUUCACCGCCGUCACGGCCUAUCAGAACCAGCUGAUAACCAAACUGAAGAUUGACAGCAACCCCUUCGCCAAAGGUUUCCGGGACUCGUCGAGGCUGACAGACAUGGAGAGUGCAUGGCUGCAGGUACCUGUGCUUUGGCAUGGAGGGGUGGAGGUCGUCGUCGGAGAAUCAAGUGCUAAGUCACAUGCUGCUGCUGACGGGGAAAGGGCUGAAUUAGCAGCUAUGGAAAGUGUUGAGAAUCUGAUCCACAAGCACUCGUACGCCCGGUCGCCGAUCCGAACCUAUGCCGGCGACGAGGAGAACCUGGGCGAGGACGGACACUCCGCACACGCCAGAGGUUCAGCGUUCACCGCCUCAGACAACCUCUCCCUGAGCUCCUGGGUCACCACCACCUCGGGCUUCUCGGGCUUCCAGCACCCACAGUCCCUGUCGGCCAUGGGCACCAGCGCCGCCUCCCUGCCCCACCCCAUCCAGGGUUCUCUGCCCCCCUACAGCCGGCUGGGCAUGCCGCUGACGCCCACCGCCCUGGCUGGAACCAUGCAGGGCAGCGGGCCGUCCUUCCCGUCCUUCCACAUGCCUCGUUACCACCACUACUUCCAACAGGGGCCCUACGCCGCCAUCCAGGGACUCCGCCACUCCUCCACCGUCAUGACGCCCUUCGUAUGACUUCGUCCUGGGGAGGAGAUGGCCGAACCUCGCUCUGACGCUCAUCCCCACUCCAGUGCAAACACGACAAGUUAUUUCUCCACUCCUGCCCAUCACUCAUCCAGUUUCUAUCUUCCCCUCUGGUCUUUGUAAAUAGUUCCCCCGCAGCGAGUGAGGUGACGGUAACGGUGAAAGAAGGGCCUGCGGAAACACCAGUAGGUCCGGAGGUUUCGACUCGUGACAUUGUACAAACACUUACAACCUCAAUACAAACUAGAAAACAAAAUGCAAGACAAUAGAAGGAGCAUGUCUGAUCCUGGCCCUUGAAGAACAGAAAGUGGAUUCCCAAAUCCUCAAUUUAAACUCAUUUUAAUGAUAUUUAGAAGACCCUGCCUCCCUCUAAAGAUGUAACAGUUGCUACUGGCUACAGGGUCUCCACCGAGGCUUUAAACGAUGCUUUUUGGAGCGACUCGUCUGAUGCUGUGUUGGACUCCGAGACUCAGUCUGAGUCUGUGAACGAUUCGAUGAAACAGCUUAGCAAAGAGACGGAGCCGCCAUCUCAGCUUUCCUGUGUUUUCUAGAAGGCCAGCCAUAUGUACAGUCGAAACUCCACACUCUGUCGAAAGUAAUGUCAGAAACAUACGUUAAAAUGCAUUGUACAAAGAUGAAAAUGUUACAUUUACUCAUAGGAAGAUUCUCACUGUAGAGUGCAAAAAAAAAAAAUCAUAGGACGCAUGCUGACCGCAGUAGACAAACCUGCUGGGUGAACUUUAUAUGGAAUAAUGUGGGAUAAAUAAGCUCACCUACGACAGGGGCGAAGGCUUUAAAGGCCCGGUCACACCAGUGUUUUAAAAAGAGCAAAAUCAGUUCAUUUCAGUGGAAUCACAACAAUCUGUGGAUGUGCAAAUCAAAUAGAUGCAAAUUUUUCACAUCAGGUUCAACUUUGAUGAACUUUGGCAGGCAAAUUUGCACCACUGACCAUCGUCAAAACAUCUUGACUGUACUGACCUUUUUAAGGAACAAAGAAUCUUAUUUGACCUCCUCUGUCAGACUAUAAACUGCUUCACAAACCUAUAAUGCCUGCAGAUAAUUAUGAGACAAGAGUGAAUGAUACAAAUACAAUAAACUGUGUGAACUUACUGUCCCAUUAGCGACCAAGCUAACAGGAUUGCUAGCUUACAGUUAACACUAGUCAACUGACAGGCUAUCCCGUUUCCUAGAAAUUACAUUUAUAUAUUACUAAAUUGCUUUCCAAAUUAUGU